AUGUCGAUCCCUUCAGGUGUAAAAAUCCAGGACGAGUGUAUCGCUGCGGUUAACGAACUCCGGUCCCGAAGAGACGCAGACAAGCCUCGCUUCGUCAUCUUCAAAAUUUCAGAUGAUGAACGCGAUGUUGUCGUGGAGGAAGUCUCGCCAGAGGCGGACUAUGAGAUUUUUCUGACGAGACUAUCAUCUGCCGCGGAUCGCAAGGGGAAGCCCGCCCCGCGUUACGCUGCCUACGAUGUCGAAUACGACCUUGGUGACGAAGGCAAAAGAGUCUCAACUAUUUUCAUCGCCUGGGUUCCUGCUGGCACAUCGAUCAAGAACGUCAAGUCUCGCAUGCUCUACGCAAGUACAAAGGAACAACUACACAAAGCUCUCAACAUCGGAGUAUCAGUCCACGCUGACGAUCUGGAUGAUAUUGAAUGGCAUAGUGUCGUCAAGCGAGUUAGCCGAGGCAGGGCAUAG